AUGUCAGCUCUUCCAGCCCAGCCUAACUUCCAACUCCUCCGCCAGUCUGGCCCCAGUCUGCUGGCCCCUGUGUUCCAGUGCCCCAGUGCCCCGUCAGGCCAGAGGGGGCCAGCUAGCUCACCCACUUCACCUCUAAAGACUCUCCUGUUAAUCAGUAAGCACCCGUGAGAGUAAAUGUAAUUUCUGUUCAUCUUUUCUGUUGUGUUGUCAUCACAUGUUAAGGUUGAACACUGACAGGGUGGUGCUUUCAGAUGCAGAGUAGCCUAUGUUUUGCAAGCAUGGAGAGGCCGGAGAUAGCCAGACUAGUAAAUUGGGCUAUGGAACAGAAGUUAGGUAUUGGAAAAAAGCCAUCAGUGCGUGUUCUGCAAACAGUACAGCGGAUGAAGGCACGGCAUGAGCGUGGUGAACGAAUAGACAUGGUUAUGGACAGCAAGGAAGGAGAAGAGCCAAGUGCAGAGGGAAGAUGUGUGUUGAAAAAGAAUGGUGCCAAGUACAAACCGUACUCUGCUGUUUCUGAUGGCUCAGAAAUUGAAUGUGAAGACAGUGAGGAUGAAUUACCUGUGGUGGCAGGUGUGAUGAAGACCUCAGAGUCCGAUCCUCUCCCCGACCGUCAUGCAAAGGAUGAUUCUGGCCCAGUGGAUCCCUGCCUUUUGGCUGACCCAUAUGUAAUCUCAGGCUGGGUAGAAAAUAAUUUGGGUACUGUUAAAUCAGUGAAAGUAGCUCGAAGUGAACUUGUGUUGAAGUGAACUUGUGAACUUGUGUUUCUUCCAUCCAGAGGGUGCAGGCGCUAUGCGUCACGUGCCUCGGGACAAGACCUGUGACUCUCCGGAGCAGGGUGCCUUUGAAAGGAGCGAUUACUGGGGUGGGGUUAAGUGUUGAGGUGGAGCAACUGAAAUUGAAGAUUGCCUGUGAUUGUGACACUCACCGUUUGGUGCGACGCAGACCCGGUGGCGAGCGUGGUGAAACUGAGAAGACACUGUCUGUCCUUUUGAGUUUUGAAGCAGAGUAUUUACCUGACAAAGUCAUAUUGGGAUAUCUCGUGAGAGCUUUUGUGCCGAAACCCACUAAGGGUUUUCAGAUGCCAAGCUUAUGGUUAUGUUGCAGCAGGAGGGAGAUUCUGAGAUGUGAGAAGUGUGCAGGAGGGCAUGGGACAAAGGAAUGUGUAGUAUCGUGGAAAAAACUGUGUGUGUCAAUUGUGGGUGUGCCCAUGUUGCUGGGGAUCAGAAGUGCCUGGUGCAAGAGAGACCGGUUGUGGUUGCCAGGGUCAGAGUAGAACAGAAGGUGUUGUAUGCUGAGGCAGUGAAGAGAGUAGCGGAUGAUGGGCUAAGGUGAGUAAGUCGUAGGUCUAAGCCAAUACGGAGUGAUACAAAUUUGUGCUUCAGUAAGGUUGGCUUCUUAGCAUUCAUUGCCAUGAUUAUCAACUGUACCACAGAAAUGGAACAUAAAUCACAGAAAAUAGGUGUUGUGGUGGCAGCUGCAGAGAAGUACUUGGGUGUAAAAAGUUUUACUGCAGAAUAUUAACAAGGUGUGUUGAACGAAAGAGUCCCGUCCUCCCAGGCCAUCGACCUGGUGUAGGAUCAGGAAGGGUCAAAGUAGUGGAAUAGGGUAUGUUUUUUUUGGUUGUGGUAUAUAGGUAUAGGGUUAGUUGGUGGUGUAAUUUUUCACUUUACCCCUUCCUUUUUAUUUUUGUAUCACAAAAUGUAAAGUGAUCGACCACACACUCCUGCACAGUAGGUGGCGGCAUGCACAAACAAAAUGUGCGAACGCCAUGAUAGCAAAGAAGAAGAAGAAGAAGAAGAAGAAGAAGAAGAUUGAUCGUUUUGUAGCUUCCAUGAGGCUUACAGAGGUGUAUGAGUUCCUCAAGAGCCUAUGCAAAUCCCAAUGUUGGAAUAUUUACCACUCUAUUACUGUAUGUAGUCAGAAAAGUUAACAUUAUAUUAGAAUAUGUAAUAUGCAUAAAUAUUCAAAGAAAAUUGACAUUUCUAGUGUACAAACUUAAUAUGAUGAACAGGACUGACAUUUACUCUUACGGGUGGCCAAAAUGUACUAUCUGAAAGCCAAGCCUCCAAUAAGCAACACCUCCAGUCUUCAGUGUAUAAGCGUUAAUCUGUGAUGCUUUUGUGAAAAGAUAUGCAUCAUGUCACAGGGGUUCCUCAAAUAACCUUUUCAUAGGGGUUCCUCAAGGUACCUUUUUGACCUGAAAAGGUUCCCCCACAGUGGCAAUCUUUUGAACCCCAAAAGGGUUAUUCGAGGCUCCUUUACUAGAUUGAGCCCUGUUUCAUGUGACAGUAAUACAAUGGCUUAGAAAGGUGUUCUGUACAAUCCCUCAUAAAGGUACAUGGUAAAAUCUGAUAUUCCUAUCUCAGGAUUCUACACAACAUCUGGACAAAAGAACAAAGAGUUAUAAAGAAAUAUCAGAUGAGGUCAUGAGGAGCAAACAAAUAACAUUCCACAGCAUUCUAUUUGAUUUCCAUACAACACCACUUUGCUAGUCUGUCUGUUGACAUGCAGAGCUCCAAUAAAGAGAGAGUUCUAUAGGUGGCUUAAAAUCAUAGCCGCGGGAAUUAGAGGUACUGAGGGUGCUGCAUCACCCCCUGAAAAAUCAGAAUACAAAACAAAUAUUAAUAAAAAACAAAAGUAGUGCACUGGGCCUUUACUAGUCCUGUAUUAGCGGACCGAUAUAGCCAUCUGUAGCGCGGGCAAAAAAAAAAUUUUUUUUCAGCAUCCCACGGCUAUACUUAAAAACGAAUCAUGUGUUUGAGGGGCACCUGGAACCUUCUACUGACCUACAUCAACCGUGGACAGAUUAAACAAAUUGGCAUUGCAGUUGUAAUAUUCAUGGUCUUUUUUGGCACAUGGGUCCUGUCUGGGUUUUGAGUGUCAUGUAGACAGCAAGGCUAAAAUCUUGAUGAUUAUAUUCUGUCAUGGACAUGAUGAUAGAUUAUCUAUUAUCCCUCACUAUCCUUCAUCCCUCUCUCUCUCUCUCUCUCUCUCUCUCUCUCUCUCUCUCUCUCUCUCUCUCUCUCUCUCUCUCUCUCUCUCUCUCUCUCUCUCUCUCUCUCUCUCUCUCUCUCUCUCUCUCUCUCUCUCUCUCUCUCUUUCUCUCUGUCUAUUGCAGGGUCCAAGUUUGGGCAAAUAUCCUUUCAGUGCAACUACGCGAGGCUACCACAAGAUACUCGGGAGCUAACAUUCUGCAAAAGGUAAAAUAUGGGUGUUUUGGGGGGUUGAUCACUAAACGAGAAUGAGACCGAAUUAAAAUCAACCACAGGACAAAAACAACAUGCAGUAUUGUGUCUGAACCCACAACAUAGUAUUCCCCACUAACCACACAUAUUCUCUGCCAUUUCAACCUGAGAUGGUCCAUAACAUCCCACUGAUCACCAUCUGCCCCAUACUUUCCUUGUCUCAUCACAUGUACUAACCUCCUGUGGCGCCCCAUAUUCUCCUCUAACACCACACACUAAAAACAAAUGGUUCUAUAUAGUGCAAAACAAGGCUUAUUUUACUGGUAACCAUAGCGGAAGGUUCUUUUUCUGAAGGUUCUAAAUGGAACCUGUAUGGUGCUAUAAAGAACCCUUUCCUAAGUUUAUAUAAAGAACCAUUAAUAAAAGGUUCUAUAUAGCACCCAAAAAGGUUAUUUAUACAUUAUUCUUUAUAGAACCUUAUAUAACCACUAUGGACAAUGGUUCUAUAAAGAACCUUUUUCAAUCUCAAAAGUUAUUUGUAGAACCAUACAGUUCUUUAAUCUGGAUUAAUAGCCAUAUUAUAUUGUUAAAAUUCCAUAGGUUUUAUUGUGUUUAUUAACAAGUUGAAUCAGGUGUGCUAGCUCUGGCACAGCUGGGGACCCUGAGGAGAGAAUUGAGAACUACGGACUUAGUCAACCAUUUUGUAUAGACACAAGGCCAUACGUCUUUCACAAGACACCCUCACUGGCCAUAGUCAUACAUAACAUGCAAUCGCAUAACACCACAGAUUAGAUCAACUGUUAAUGACACUCUCACUCACGGUUGAACAAAAAGAGUUGUGACCAAACCAUGCCCCAAAAUAUUUGAAUGAGCCGCCGUCCCUACAUUUUAAUUAUCACUAAAAGAGGAAAUAACCAUUUCUUGAACUACAAAGAACCAUUGAAGGGCUCAAAGGGUUAUUUGGGUCAGUAUGGUUCCACAUAGAACCAUCACCCUUCCCAAAGAACCUUUGAGGAAGCCUAAUUGUUUUGUGUCCACCCGCCAGCUCUGUCUCCAGGUUGGGUUGGGUUGGAGUCAGUCAGUCAGUCAGUCAGUCAGUCAGUCAGUCAGUCAGUCAGUCAGUCAGUCAGUCAGUCAGUCAGUCAGUCAGUCAGUCAGUCAGUCAGUCAGUGAGUGAGUGAGUGAAAGGGAGAUACUUGGCACAGCUAGUGGCCCAGGGCAGCUAGGAUACUAACUGAUGUAGUCUAUGUUAUAUACUCUAUCUACCUCAAUAUCUUAUAUUCCUGACUUUAUAAUGACCAUUGUGUACUCAUUGUACCUGUGAAUUGCCAGAGGAAAAAUACCUGAAUCAAUCAGUUCCAAGAGAGAAUGCUACAUGACAAGUUAGCAUGGCAAUGCUGCAUUUGGAGCUUUAUUUCAUUUUCUGUACAAAUGGGAAACCAGAUGAUCAAAUAUUACAUAUCAGACAUACUAAAAAGACAUGGUUGAACAUCUCCCUUGUUCUUUUCAGAAAUUCAGAGAUGUAGAGUCCAUUAUAAAGAUAGCGGACAUCGAUGGGAGAGCCCAAGUGAGGGAAUUUUCAGAGGACAUAGAGAGAAUGCUGGGGUCCAAGAUGAAGUCCGUUAAGGUGAGUACAAAGGUCAGAUACAAGCCACACACACGUUGUUUAACAUCAUUUUAACUACAUAAGACAACCUUGGCGUUCCAAAUGAGAUCACCUCGCAGACAGGAUUUGGCCAUUGGGCCAUCUGUUGAUGUCCCUGCUAUAGCAUACCCUCUUUGCAAUAUGAGAGUAACCACCCCCAGAACAUUAACCAUGAGUAUUGUGGUUGGGCUUGUGGUUUGCAAAACUUAUUUGAAUUAAUAUAUCUUUAUUUUCUCCUCAGCGGUUGGCUGAGUCUGCGGAGGAUGCAGAUUUGUACCACGAGUUCAACAAAACUCUACAGGUUUGUCAUUCUAUCUGUCUGUGGGAAUAUGAGGUCUCAGAUUUAUCAACGUAAUGCUACUAUGAGUAUCACAAAGCUAUUCUACAGUACCACAAUAGAGAUAAUGAAAUGUCUAACCAUCAUGCACAUUUUGAUGACCACAAAAACACACAAUGCCAUGAGCAGAAGCCCGUUUCUGAUAGAGUAUACACUGCUAACUUACUCGACUUCCAAUCAUACUUGAUGAAUUUGAAUGCAACUUUUCCAACUUCCUCGUGCUUUGUCCUUCUCCAGUUUGACUACUAUAACUCCAUGCUGGUGAACACAGUGGAUGAGGAUGGUAACUUCAUAGAGCUGGGUGGGGAGUUUCCUCUGGAGGAGAAUGAGCAUUUCAACAACCUCCCAGUCAACACAAUGCAGAGUGACGUACAGGUCCCCACCAAUGUCUACAACAAAGGUGGCUGUGUGGUGAAGUUGAAACAGGCCCUUUGCAGGCCCUUGGAUCCAAAUCCUCACUUGAUGCCCUUUGAUGCAAAUCCUAACUUAGAUAUGAAUAUAACACAUAUUUUUUACAUAAAUCACACAUUGAAUUCAAUGAGAGAUUCGCAUGAAAUAACAUUGGAUUAGGUGUGGCGUAAUCAGCCUUUAAAGUGAAAGAUGUGACAGAGUUGCUAUAGGUGAUGUUACACUUUCCAUCUCACUCAUUUUCUGCUCUCUCUACCUCCCCUGUGUAAAGAUCCCUACAUCCUCAAUGGAAUCUACAUGUCGGAGGCUCUGAAUGACGUGUUCAUCAAUAACUUCCAGAAAGACCCCACUCUCACCUGGCAGUACUUUGGCAGCUCCUCAGGAUUCUUCAGAAUCUACCCUGGUAAAGGACCAGGCAGAUGA